AGUUGCCAUAAGCGAAGCCGGUGGUUAUUUGGUCUUUUAGUCCACAAACAACAAAGAACCCUUUAAAAAUUAUCAUUAACUCCUAAAUCCCCAUCCCCAAAACCCUAACUGCUGCUCCCUCUCUCUCCCCGUGAGCUCUUUCACAGUGCCACACUCCCUAACCUAACCACUGCAACCAUGGCGCCAUCAUUGGACGAAGAGACAGCAAAAAAGGUCAUUCGUCAGGUGGAGUUUUAUUUUAGUGACAGCAAUCUUCCCAGGGAUACGUUUAUGAAGAAAACCAUUAGCGAAAGUGAUGAUGGAUUGGUAAGUUUGGCUUUGAUUUCGUCAUUUUCUCGGAUGAGAGGGCACUUGGGUUUGGGAGAAGUGAAACCUGAAGAUGUACCGGAAGAUACAGUUAAGGCUGUGGCUGAAACUCUGAGGACCUCGACUUUUCUUCGGGUUUCUGAAGAUGGUACAAAGGUUGGUAGACUUACUGAGCUUCCAAAGUUGGAGGAGGCUAUUAAGCAAUCUGAUGAAAGAACAAUUGCGGCUUUACCCCUGGAAUAUGAUGUCAAGCUCGAGGAUGUGGAGUUAUUUUUUAGCCAGUAUGCUAAGGUUAACAGUGUGAGGCUACCCCGACAUGCUGCUGAUAACAGGGUUUUCUGUGGCACGGCACUUAUUGAGUUCUCAAGUGAGGAAGAUGCUGCAAACAUUUUGAAGCAGAGCCUGAGUUACUCGGGUGUUGAGCUGGAACUGAAACCGAAGAAGGAAUUUGAUGCAGAAAGAGCUAAGCAACAGGAAGAAGCUGCAAAGACUCGUCCUCAAGCUAAUUCUAACCACAAGGACAAGGCUAAAGCUGAGCCUGACUACCCCAAAGGCUUAAUUGUUUCAUUCAAACUGAAGAUCUCUGGUCAAGAUUCUACGGGACAAAAUGGUACUCACAAGUCGACUAGUAAUGACAACCCGGAUGUCUCUGAGAAAGAUGGUGAUCAAGACAAAAUGCAAGUUGCUUCUGAAGGAAUCAAAGAUGUUACAGAUACAAGCAACCUUGUGGAUGAAGAUGUGAAGGGUGAGGAAAAGAAACCGGAUAAAGUCGGUGCAGAUGAAACUGAAGCUCAGGAAUCUGAAGAUACAGAGAAAUCUUCUGACGUCCAGACUGAGAAGGAGGUCCAAGGAUCGGGUGAAGGCAAAAUAAAGGCCUACAAGGACAAUAAAGAUGUCGUUAUGAGGGAGGACCUGAAAAUUAUUUUCCAGAAGUUUGGUGCGGUCAAGUUCAUCGACUUUAGUAUGGGAUCAGACUCUGGUUAUGUGAGGUAUGAAGAUGCUGGAGCUGCUCAGAAGGCUCGUGCUGCUGCAGUUCUUGCUGAUGAAGGUGGUCUGACUGUGAAAAAUUGCAUUGCUACUCUGGAACCCGUCACUGGUGAAGCUGAGAAGGAAUACUGGAGUUCACUACGUAGCAGUCAGGAAAAGUACCGUGGUAAUUUUAAGAGCAACCGUGGAAGGGGAGGAAAGAACAACAGAGGCGGUAGGCAUUUUGGCGGGAAGCAUUCUCGAUCGAGGGAUAAUGACUCAGCCAGUCGACCCAGUAAGGUUCAGAAAGUGCGAGCAGCAUGAGAAGAAUUGUUUGAUCUAACACAUGCAAUUUUGUGGUCUAUUUUAUGUUGUGUUUGCUACUUGAUCCAGCCUUUGAUUGUGUCAAUCCUACCAGUGUUAAAUCAUUAACUGAACUUUGUUUGCAGUAGUGUUUAAUAUAUGAUUUUGAAGUUUUUUCGUAUCUUUUUAGCUUCUGUAGUCUGGUUGUCGUAGAUGGAAUUGUUAAUGGAUUUGCAGGUUAGAAUUGCUAAUCAAAUUUGAAACGUCCUUAAGGACUAAAAUUAAGUUAAGAGAAGAUAUGAAUUGAUUAG